AUGCGGCUUGCGUAUUUUUUCUUCUCAGUGCCAGAAGAUAAGGCGAAUCUUUUGAGGAUGGAAGCGCCGUCAGGAUCGUCGCUCGGCAGCAAUGUAUACUUGCCAGGAACAGUUUCUCUUCUUGAAGACUUGGAUAAAACCUUGAUGGUACUACUCCGCGAUGGCCGAGUUCUGAUCGGUAUCCUUCGAUCUAUCGAUCAAUUCGCGAAUUUGGUGCUCCAUCGAACUAUUGAGAGAAUACACGUAGGGAAGAAAUACGGUGACAUUCCAAGAGGAGUCUUCAUUGUGCGAGGCGAGAACGUCGUUCUCCUCGGUGAAUAUGAGGAGAGCCGCGAGGGCUUGGUCGGACUCCAGAAAGUCGGAAUAGAUGAAAUCAUCGAAAUUCAGCGAGAAGAUCUCAGAGCGAAGAAGGAUCAAGAGGACCGAAGAAUCAGAACGCUGCGUGAACGCGGUCUCUUGCAAUAUUCUCUCUUUGAUAACGCGCAGAAUGACGAUUACUGAGCGCAGCUAAUGAUUUCGCGACUUCGUGGAGCGCAUAAAUCCGUCGUGUCGGCGAUAGGUUCCGCCGAGAGCCUCCUUUUACAAAUUGUGAAUAUACAUUAAGUGUACAUGCUUGUUAUGAAACUCUAAUCGAAGCCGAGAAACAUGACGCUCUGACUUCAGCACCGGAGUAUCGCGCGGAUGUUUGUGAAUUGAAGUCGAUCGGUUGUGUUCGAUAUAUGCCGAACGAAACCAGUUGAGGGAUCUUGAAUAAAAAGCGAACACAGGCAUGCAAAGAA